AUGCCCGAAAAACGACCGCAACCCUCCCAAAGCGUUGGAGUGCCCCAUACGCCAGCCUGGAAGAAGGCGAAGAAAGCCAUGAGGGACGCGGAAGAGGCGCGCCGCACGAGGGCAAUCGAAGUGAGGCGUGAGAAGCUUCAGCAGGUCGAGAUGAAGUAUAAACACCUGCCGACUCUACCGCCUCAGCUGCCUAGUCCUCGGUACGUAAUGCAGGGUGGCGAUGCGCCUGGCUACCACGACGAUGAUGCUUCAAUGUCGUUCUACAAGUCCUGUGCAGAAGGUGACCUGAACCGCGUUCGUACAUUUGUCGACCAGUCUGCACCGACACCCGCGGAUCUUUCCUACGCCCUAGAGGAGGCAUGCCAGAACCUACAGCUCGAGGUCGUGCGGUUCCUGUUGCGGCAGCCAGAGGCGGAAUUACACUAUCGAUGCUUCCGUAGGUGUGUCGAGUUUCCCGAUGACGAAAACACUUACAAGCUCACCGAUAUGUCGUCGUCGCAAAGCAUCUUUAGGAGCGGGAGUCCUGAGCUUCUUAACCUCCUAAAGAUUCUCGUCGACUUUGGAUGGCACCCGAACCAGCUGCUCGGCCCCCUGCAGAGUAGCCAACGGCUACCCUAUCAUCCCUGGAGCCAAGAGGUAGCGCUGCAUUAUCCACGAUGCAUCUUGGAUAUGGACAUCCUGCGAUUUCUGCUGGACGUUGGAGCGGAUCCGACUAUAGCAAGGGAUAUAAUCGGCGACCCCUAUUUCGAUGUUGCCGAACAACCUGUACAGAGGCUUGAAGGGCAUAUCCUGGAGCUAGCGGUCAAUUUGGGUGCCAAGGAAGCCGUGACUUUACUAGUAUCGCACGGAGCCAAGCUAGAACACGGUAUACCGUUGCAUAGCCUUGCCCGGCGAAGGCCUGAUCCAGCGGCUAUCAAGGUGAUGGAUGAAGAAUACCUAAAGGAGUUGUAUACAGAGAUACCUGACAUGAAGUAUCCUACUCUCUCCACCCGGCUCGACAUGGCCCAACAUCUGAUUGCUCUAGGCGACGAUAUUAACAAGGUGGCUAAUGUAUACCGCCUGAUCAGACGAUGGAUUCAGAUGCCUGUUAAAUUGCACGAGGCUACUGCAUUAUCACAAGCCAAAAACUCUAUGGACUGGGAUUUUGUUAGAUGGUUGCUGGAGAACGGUGCGGACCCGGCUGCCAGUCCCAGGGCCACAGCCUUUGCGGAUUUGUUCUAUGCUAUUGGGGUCAGUCGUGAUGAGAUCACAGAGAAGUAUGAGGAUAUGAUACGGCAAUAUCAGAAGUCAGGUCACAGUGUGACGGCAACGAUUUAG